AUGGAGUCUACCACUCGACACACGUCUCAAAGACGAACAACACGACCUCGGUCGACAAAUCCGUCGCCAGCAACAUCGACAUAUGGAUACCACAACACUUACCACACUCAUGCGCAACUUCCCAUUGGGUCACCGCCUUCGUAUGCCCGAGCCAUUGAUCCCCAGACCCGCCUCAUCCUCGAUGAGAGGACGAGGACAGAGAAGGAGGCAGUCCGCAGCACACAAUUACCACCGCCAUAUACCUGCACAGUCCACAUAGAGGGGCUUGUCGGGGUAAAGCAAGAGCUCUCGUCACCAUUUCAAGUUUCGGGACAUCGUGAGUGGAAUGAUGUUUACGCCAUACUUCGAGGCACGCAAUUGAGCAUACACCGUGUAAAGUACCCGGGACUCCUCAGCAAAAGCAAAGAGCCAUGUGCAGGACGAUUAAUACGAACCUAUUCUUUACAGCACGCUGAAGUCGGCGUGGCCUCCGAUUUCAAAAAGACGUCGCUGACACCAAAAUCCCCUUUUGCGCACUUGGUUCCCGCUGUUGCUCGGCCCAAACUAUACGAGACGGAUCCACAUCUUUUCGAGCCUGUACGGGAACAUGCCAUCCGGCUGCGCCUGGAGUUUGAGCAAUUUCUGCUUUGUCCAUCGAGCGAGGAAGGCAUGCUCGACUGGGUAGAAUCGUUUUGCGCCGCCAUCGACAUCAGCUCACCUCUAGAAGACCGCAGCGAGCCCCGCUACCGAAGUCUUCCUCGCAGGGGCAGACGACAACGCAUCUUGGAAAACGCGCAGUUUGGAGAGAACCUCGAGAGCCUGACAAGUCUAGAAGCCGGUCGACGCAUCAUUGCACAACAGGAGCAGAUUAUCCGCCAACUUUACCCACAUCUGGCUGGAACCCGGGAACCAGGUAUCAGCCACACAGCUCCUACGGCUGAUCUAGAACUCGACGAUUUCGACCCGGAGGAUGUCCGCUUUCCCACGCGAAUUGCGAGAGAUUCGCUAGCCCGCGUUUCUUCGCACGAUUACGAGCAAGGCGACGACGAACGUCCUGAAAGUGGCUUAUCGUCUGAUCCCAAGUCCACGUGUGCGCCACGGCCUUCGUCUGCGCAGACCCUGCGCUACCGUCGCCGUUGCGCCCCAGUGUUGCUUGCUUCUUCCCCACGUGUUAGCGAUGUAGUCUUUGGCAAAGGCCAACGCUUCCGCAUUAGCGUCAAGGCUCACAUGCUCGUCGACUAUACCCCGCACCCACCUCGGUACGACGUUCACGGCUUUGCGAAAUCCAAGCGCCCUGCAAGGAUCGCAACGGAUCACCACUCUUCAACGGCUGCCGCAGACAAGACUGUAUCUACGACUGUCUUGCCGGAAAGGCCCAGCUCGCCUCUUCGUGGUGUCAGCGAUGAUUCCAUCACUUCCAUCACUUUUGGCGAAGACCUUGGCCCUGUUCGCUCAAAGUCGACUAGUGAUGCUACGGGCCCGUCAGGCCCACCAUCGCCGUCUGGCAUGUCGCAAACGAAAGUCGAUGCUGCGCGCCAACUGGAGACGAUGGGAAAGCGUCGACCGAGCGAGGAUAGCCGCGAGACAGGCUUGAGCGUUACCUUUGGUGCUGGCUUGAUGAUUUGA